UGCAGUACACAUUGCUUGCCAAGAUAGCACCAAAUUGGAAUAAAGUGGGGGAAUGGCUUGUACAAGGGAGAGACUUUUUACAAAUCUCCAUCAAUAUGAAUGCAGUAGGUCUAGAAGUUAGUGUAAAUGACAAUGAAAUGUAUUUUAUGAUUCGCUCCACUGUUUUACGGAUUCCUCCAAUGAAGUUGGAAGAUCUGAACAUAACACAGUCAGUAUUGCUAGAACUUGUACAGAAUCCUCACAGCAGAAUAGAUGAAUAUUCACUGGGAAAUCAGUGGUUUUAUGUUUUACCCAGCAUGAAGAAAGGCAAACUUGUUGCUGUUACCUGCAGUCUCCCCACAGACGGUGUCUUCAGAAGUUACAGAGAAAUGAAGAGACAUUGGAAAAACAUGCAUGGCUAUCGUCUACCAGAGAAUGAGGAAGGCUUGUUCUACUGUCAAAUACAUUUCAAGCCCAUAGGCCAGACUCUUUUUACGUAUCUUUUUCUUAAAAUUUAG